CUUUCAUGUCGUGAUCAGGAUUUGUUCAUAACUACAAAGAAAUAAAAGACGCAAUGAAGAUCAUAUCGUUAGUCACAGCACAUUCUCCGUCGUCCUAUCAAUUAGCCCAUAUGCAACGCAGAUUUGCUGUUGUUCGAAAACCGACAAAGAUGCCAUCUUCUGGCGCGCCCCUGGGUAGCAUGUGGAAGGUCCCCUUUGCGGCAGUGCUAGCCCUGUUUUCAUCUUCAAAAGUUGCUUUUUACUUCCAUGCUGGAGCAGUUCCGGCGCAUGUAGUUCAAGGAACCUUCACGGCUCUACAAGAUGUUGACUCAGAUCAUGCAGCUGCAUCGACCGCGGGCGGCGACGACGAAGAUAUUCUGAGUACGUCCUCCAGCGCCCCUUUGACUGCGCAGUCACUUCUGCAUUUUCCACGUGCAAUAGCGAAUCGGAAUCCAAGUCAAGCGUCACAAACCCGCGGAAAGCAGCUCGUGCAGAACCUCCGGAAGCAGGCUCAGCUUAGUAAACGCUUCGUCUCUUCCCUCGUGUUUCCACGAUCUGGAUUUUUUUCAGCCGCCGAUGAUGUGCCGCCGUACGUGGACACGAUGAAAAUUCAUCUCGGUAGUUGUACUACCGAGGAACACCACGCAACGAGCCCCUCCACGACGCAAGCCGAUGUGACUAUUCCGCCGAUCAGUAUCCGUCUGGCCAUGCUGAACCCCUUCGAUACUGGGUACUUGGAAAAGGUUUCGGAUAGCCCAGUAUCCGGUGCCAGGGGGACGGAACCGGCAGAGGAUCGGUUUCUGGCGCUGGAUGAUAGCAUCAACCUCGACCACGCGAAAAUAAACUCUGACCCAGGACAGGGAAAUGAUAAUAAAUCAUGUCGCUGGUCCGUCGACAUGAGCAGUACAAGGAGCUCCGCCUCGAUUUCAGUGACUGAUGUGAACCUGUUGCAGCCGCAAGAAAUUCAACUACAACACCAUAACAAACCGGAAGAACGCCAGCAGAUGUCCUCCGCUUGGUCGUCUUGGUUUGGAGCGGAAGAAGAUCAAGAUGAUAUUGCCAGCAAAAAUACAGCAAUACCAGAUACGAUCACCUUCACCCUUUUCGACAGCAGGGGCGCACCACAACUGAUUUGCACAGCAACGACCCACCCGCCAGACGGUAGGUCCUCCUACUGCUACGGAGCAACCAUGAAAGCGCGGAUGGCGACAUAUGCGGCGAGUGGUUUGGGGAUCGGGUUCGAGUUUGCCGUCGAUUUGGAGCAGAGGAAAAUGACUUUCACCUUGAGUGGCGUCGAUUGGGAAAGCAUGGAGCGGUAUGUUGAAGUAGCGAAAAGCUUCAUGCGCGGGCUCGGGGAAAAGCCGAAGGAGGCGGUGUUGAGAUUCGAAUUUCCGGGAAAAGUUGUGGAAGGUGGAAAGUACGGGAGUGACGCGAAGGGAGAGUGGAAAACUUUUACCAGGGAUCUACACAUCCAGAUCAAACUGUAGAAUCAGGAGAACAAAACAUUCUUUCCACAUGGACUUCUUGAGCAGUAAGAAAUAGUUUCAGACGAGUUGUUGUAAGUAUUUCAUCGAGGAGUGUUUAUUUACGUUUUUUAAUAUUCCUGGAGCACACGGACGCAGAGAACUGGCGAUCCAUUGAAACAGCGACUUUCUGAGCAUCCAAGCGCUGUUGUAAUCAAAGUAACGUGCGCCAACGGAACGGUGAUGUAAUAUAGUCUCGUAAUGUCUCGUCUUGUAUGAUUUACCAUCGACUUUUCGCCACUCGUCUCAUUUUCAUUUUUCUUGAGCACCAACAAUCUGCUUGUCUGCGAAACGUGAAUCCAACGUCAAAUCGUGUGAUCAGUGUGUAAAAAAGUGCAGCGAUUCCAAAC